AUGCUAAAGCCUCCUGGGCCGUCUGGAGAGGCUCCUGUGUCACAAGGGGCGUUUGCACUAUCCCAGCGGCCCUGGAAAAGCAAAAAGAGAGAGAUGCACUGGCCAAUGCAUUCCUGUGCCCAAACCCACACCGAACGCCCGGCCCAGCCGAAGCUCCCCGGGCAGGUGUCACACCACAGGCCGGGUGCUCGGCGAAAAGGGGUGCCCGUCCCAACCCUGGGGCAAAGGAGCGCUACAGGGACUCCCCUGCACCCUGCACCGAGCGGCCACGGCCCGCACACACCGCCCGCCCGCGCCGCGGCUCCCUGCGCGGGCCCGCCCGCACCGAUAUUCCCCGCCUCCCCGCGGCCCGCCCGCCGCCUCUCGCCUCUCCGCGGCCGCAGCCUCGCUCACCCGCCCUGCCGGCGGCCCGGCCCGGCUCCGCUGAGGCAGUCCCAGGGCCCUGCAGCCCCGGCGGCGCUGGGCUGUGGCGGGCACCGCCUUCCCGCAGAGCCCGGCCCGCCUCCCCGCCCCGCAGCGCCCGGCCCGGCCCGGCCUAGCACCGCCCGGCCGCGGGGGGCGCUGGCGGCGCUCUAUGGUCCGGCCGCUCUAUGGUCCGGCCGCUCCGCAGCACCGCCGCUCUAUGGUCCGGCCUCUCUAUGGUCCGGCCGCUCCGCAGCGCCGCCGCUCUAUGGUCCGGCCGCUCUAUGGUCCGGCCGCUCCGCAGCGCCGCCGCUCUAUGGUCCGGCCAAUCCGCGGCGGUGCCGCUCUAUGGUCUGGCAGGCGGGGCCUGCACGGGGCGGGUGCCUCCCGCCGCUCCUGUUCCCGUUCCCGUUCCCCGCAGCGCCCCUGAGGGGCCGCGGGCGCGGAGCGGGCGGUGGCAGGUGA